CUGUAGACACCGGCUCACACCGCUAGGGAUUGAAGCCGCUCACCGGCGUUUCUCCAUCAGACAAAGGGCGCUGAUGUCUUAAAACAGACGGGCAGAGAAACUAAACGGGUGAUUCCUGUCGGCUAAAGCUUCACCUGGAGUCGAGAUGCUGACGGACGUGAUUGUAGAAGAGGAGUUUGAACGCAAUGAAGAGGAUCUGUGGUACAGCAGGAAGGAUUUGGAGCAUGAUCUCCAUUUGGCCGCCGAGUUGGGCAAGACUCUGUUGGACAGGAACCAUGAGCUGGAGCAGGGCCUUCAGCAGAUGUACUCCACCAAUCACGAGCAGCUGCAGGAGAUUGAGUACCUGACCAAGCAGGUGGAUCUCCUGCGGCAGAUGAACGACCAGCAUGCCAAAGUUUAUGAGCAGCUGGACCUAGCAGCCCGAGACCUGGAGAAAAGCAACCAGAGGCUGGUGCUGGAGAACCGCACGGCCCAGCACAGGAUCCAGAGUCUAACCGAGACCAUAGAUGGGCUGCAGACUCAUAUGGAGGGUCUUCAGAAGCAGAUGGACGAGCUGAAGGCGUCUCAGUCCAAGAGAGAUCUGGCAGCUGCGCGCCGCAGCCUUGGUGCCCAAAGCAUGUCCUGUCUGAAAGAAAUCUAUGAUCUGCAACAAGAAAAGUACUUGAGCUCAGAGAGCCUGCAGGAGGAGAAGUCCUGGCCUGCCCUGGAUGACAGGCAUGUGGAGGAAGAGAACUCCACCCUGCAGCACACCCUCCACAACCUCAAGGUGCAGCUGGCAGCUGAGCGAUCCCGGCGGGUGGAGGCCGAGCGCGAGACGGAGCUGACAGCGCAGGAAAACAACGCUCUGGAGGAGCGUCUGCAUCUGCUGGAGGGAGCGCGCCGUCGACAGGCCGAGCUGGAGGCCGAGGUGGAGGAGCUACGGCAGCUGUGGCGCUCCGAGUCGUCCGGCGUAAGACUGACAGACGCACUGCUGCCCGACAGCGUUUUCUUCGGCAUGGAGGAAAGAGCGGGGGCGGGGCAUGAGGAGGAGGAGGAGCCGGAGGCGGAGCUUCUUCAGGGGAGGCGGCGCUGCAGCAGCGAGAGCUACGUCCGCGGGGCUCGAGCCGAGGAUAUCCGGCGCGGACACGAGCGCACGUGCAUCCGCCGAGCUCAAGCGGUGAAGCAGCGCGGGAUCUCGCUUCUCAACGAGGUGGACGCGCAAUAUAGCGCGCUACAGGUGAAAUACGAAGAGCUGCUCCGCCGCUGCCAGCAGGGGGCAGACAGCCUCAGCCACAAAGCCGUCCAGACGCCCUCCGCUACAGCUCAGCGCCGCAAAAGUCAGGCAACCGCAACAACAGACACCAUCUGCCUCGCAGACGACCUCCACCAGCCAGAAUACAAAGCCCUGUUUAAAGAAAUCUUCACCUGCAUUCAGAAAACCAAAGAGGACCUGAGUGAGAACAGGGCUGGGCAGAGUCAGUGAGUUGGCAGUGUUAUACAUCUUCAGUGUAGUGAUCUUCAGCGUGGCUUUGCGCUUCUGAAUGAAUCUGACGGACGUGUUGAGAGUUUUAAUAGCGCCGUGGUCUUUGUGUCGAUUGCACUAUAAAACCUGUGCCUAUACACCAAACCAUCCACAUCCAAAACCUGCAAAUACGGUAGACCUGAACGGUGUUUUUGUACUUUUAUAAGUCACGUGAGAUGUGUGGAUCUUUGCGAUAAAGCCAUAUGUGACACCCGAGUGCAUCUGUGCUUUGGGUUCGAAAGCACAUCUUGAUUUCGUAGAACCACAUCUACAGUGUUUCUCAACCCUGGUCCUGGGCGCCCCCCAACACUGCACAUUUUGUGUGUCUCCCGAAUCAAACACACCUGAUUAACUCAUGAGCUCAUUAGAAGAAACUCCAGGACCUGAAAUGGGUGUGUCAGAUAAGGGAGACAUACAAAAUGUGCAGUGUUGGGGGCGCCCAGGACCAGGGUUGAGAAACACUGGUGUAGAAGGUCAAGACUUAACCGUCCAAUGUGCAGAGGGUAGACUAAAUUAUUAUUAUUAAUGACUAACACAGUUAAUCAAUUAACUUAAUGUAAAUGAUAUGCCUGAUAGCGUGAAUCUCACGAAGCCAAGAAUGAGAAGUUCCACACCAAAAUCAAAAUAAAUGUUGUAAAUUAAGCCUGUUUUUAGGACCAUUUGUUUUGCUUUGUGACUUUAUUUUCAUGACAAUUUAGCACAUUGUAUUAUAAGUAACACAUAAGAAAAAUUCUGAUUAUUAUCAUGUAAUUAUCAUUACAGUAAUGCAAGAAAAUUUUAGCUAAAUUUGGGGCAAAAAAAAUUAUUACAGUCAAUUAAAAACUCAAGGGCUUAAUUUUCCUAAUGCAGAAUAUCUGCUCUUUCUCAGACAUGUUUUUGUGGGAUUCAUCUGAUAAACCUUAAAAACAUAAAAAACCUAACAAACAUGAUUAAGGAAUUCAGUAGGACAAUAUGUAGCCAUAUUCUUUGAGUGUCUAGAAAUUUCACAAGCAAUAUUAAAAUCUUUUUUAAAAUAUUAUUUAAAAGAAAAGACUGCAUGUGAUUUCAAUGGCAUUACUAACAUUGAUAUUUUGAGGCAAUACCGUUUGCUGCUUUUAUAAAUUGUCUGGUUACCUCAAUGGUUAGAAAAAAAAUAGUUUGAAUUAGCUCAUGUAAAUAUGCAAUAUGCUUGAAAUUCUCACGUGACUUUGUGUGAAUCGUAUGUUUAGAGCAAAUCGUAGUUAAACGUUUGGCAGCCACAUUCGCUCGAGUUCCCAGCACUUUGUUUUGACGUUCAUCUAAACACCACUGUGAAACUAUGCACUUUAGAAGACAGGCCUGUGGUCAGUUUUGUUUUUGUUUUAGUUCUAUUUUAUUUAUUUAAUUUGUUUUCAAUCAUUAUUGUUGUCCAGAGAUUUUAUUUAUUUUCUUGUUUGGUAUUCAUUCACUGUUUUCCAAUUUUUAUUUUUAUUUUUCUGUCGCCUGUGGGUUUAAGUCAACAUUAGAUUGUUACCGAUGUCUUGAUGGAUAUGAAGAUGUUGAAAAUAUUGAAAGAGGGUGUUAGAUAAUGUAUGAAGAUUGAAGGCUAUUGAACAGAUGAUUUGACUGAGUUACUUAAAUGUUACACCAGCACAAAGUAGAGCAUCUUAUGUAAGUUGUAAGUAGUUCAAUGCGGCUUAACAGUUGGUCAAACAAUAGCUAAUUAUUGUCGGUUUAUGUCUUUGAUAACUUGUAUUUCACAAUCAAACCACGCGCUACUUAAUACUCAAUCAGUAUCAACCAUGUUCAGGUUCAUUUUGUAACAUUCUGAAGUUGUUAAAUGCCUUGAGUUGGGCGGUUUAAGUAGGCUUAGACUUUUAAAUAAAUGUAUUGCGUAGAUGACUAGGAAAGUGACAUGAAAAGAGAAAAAGAAAGAAGGAAAGUGUUUUUGAUAUGACUGAUGUCUUAAAUAGCAGGCGGAGAUCACAGGGAAAUGUUCAUAGAUGGACUGGUCCUGACAAAGAAAAAUAUUUGAAUAUUGUCUUGGGGGAGCAAAAUAUAUCGUGGUGUUUUGCAUUUCUGAUCUUAUUGCUUUAUUUCAGUGAAAAUGGUGCUACUAUUGCAGCCGUCCCUGCGCUAUGAAAGUUUGUUUUAGGCAUAAAUUCCUGCCCUUUUCAAAUGCCAUCCAAAAUAAUAUGCUUCUUGGUCAGCGUUGUGUUAGAAGGCUACAGUGUGCAUGAUCAGAUGUUAGUGUGCAGCAAAAAUAUAGCUCUUGUGCUCAAGAUUAAAAAAAGAGAGGGAAAAAGUUUGUUUCUCCUCAGCAGUGUUCCUUGAAACUUACAAAGAGGUAAAUUGACCAAAUCUUAAAGGCAAAGCAACUAUAGUUCUCUGUGUAGAAUUGUCUUAACAAUUAUAGUUAUGAUAUCUUGCAGGUAAAACAAUCAAUUUGUGAUAACCACAUAAAAAUCGUGUUUAUAUAUGUUGAAUCUGUUACCUCUUCCGUCCAGAGUUGAUGGCUGUUAAAUCUUGUUUUACGCUGGAAUCGGAGUUCAGUGUUUUAAGUAAAAUAAUAGUUUUCUACAUUAUUUAUUACGUUUAAUCAACUGCAGUUUAUAAAAUUUGACGUGUUUAGAGAAGGAAUGCACAAAUCUGGUUAUUUACGUUACUGGUGCUGAAUAUGCAAGGUUUUUCUCAAAGAUGCCUUUCUGAAAAUCAGUGAUCUGUGUAUGUAAUGGCAUGACUAACAUCUUACUUGGGUUAUCCAGAAAAUAAAACUCUAUGAAUGAACCAA